AUGGCCAAAUCUUGCUUACUCAUUACAAUGGCUGCCUGUGUCUUCCCUGCCAGCUCUUUCCUGCCGCUAGACUCACCUACAAUACGCUUGCCUAUAACCACAGUAGAACACAAUAAAGAAUUCCUUCCUACGGAAGUGUUCGAUCGACAAGAAUCUGCAGGGGUAUUAUACACCCCCACCCCUCCAUGA